CAAUCCAUGAUUUACACAGUGCCUUAAAGGUUACGGGAGACCCGACACAAAUAAACAUGGAGGCGGGCUGGUGGAAGUUCGUCAUGGAACAUCAAACCAUUAUUGCAAGUGUAGCGGUGACAGCUGUGACGCUGUAUGUACUGCGAUUGUGGGUAGCUGGUGGAAAAUGUUAUAGCAAGGCUCGCCUGGACAAGAAGACCGUGAUUAUAACGGGAGCAAACACAGGCAUAGGGAAGGAAACCGCGAUAGACCUGGCAGGAAGAGGAGCCAAAGUCAUUCUGGCCUGUCGCGACAGGUGUCGUGGAGAGAGAGCGUUAUCUGACGUCAUCAGGAAAUCGGGGAGUAAGCAGGUAGUCCUAAAGAUGCUUGACCUGGCCUCACUGGAAUCCGUCCGAAAAUUCGCACAGGACAUCAACAAAAACGAACCCAGACUAGACAUUCUAAUAAACAACGCCGGUGUAAUGAUGUGUCCCCUCGGUAGAACUGCUGAGGGAUUUGAAAUGCAAUUGGGAACAAAUCAUCUGGGUCAUUUUCUUUUAACCAAUCUGUUGUUGGAUAAGAUGAAGAAAUCCGCCCCUGCCAGAAUCGUCAACGUUUCCUCUUAUGCCCACACAUUUACCAAUAAAAUUAAUUUUGACGACAUCAACAGUGAAAAGAGCUACAGUAGAACGCAGGCUUACGCACAGAGCAAAUUAGCCAACAUCCUGUUUACAAGGGAGCUGAGUAAAAGACUCAAAGGAACCGACGUGACCGCUAACUCUUUACAUCCGGGUACAGUGAUGACGGAGCUGGCGAGAUAUUUCCCGGGAUAUAGCAUCGCAUGGCCAGUGUUAAUCUUCUUCGCAAAAUUCUCCAUUGAAGGCGCUCAGACGAGUAUUCAGUGUGCUGUUGAAGAGACCUUAGAAAGCGUUUCCGGGAAGUAUUUCAGUGACUGUGCUGUAUGUAAAGAAUCUAAAGCAGCGCAGGACGACGAGGCGGCAAAGAGACUCUGGGACGUGUCUGUCAAAAUGGUGGCCUAUGGGGCUGGAGGAAUAAGUACAAAAUGAACAAGGACAUUGGAUUGUUGUGUUAACUCGUUCAUCAACAUUGAUGCAUGUCUGCUUUCAUUCUAUAUUUCAUAGCUACAUGCAUAUGUAUAUUUGUUACAGAACAAAUUGCGUGUAUAUUUGUAUAUCGACACUGCUGAAUAUUUUAAGGUGUGUACAUAUGUAUCUAGUGUAUAUUUAGAGAACUGGCGCAGCAUUAGUAAAUAUACUGUAUGGCCGGUUUUGGAUGGAUGUAAAAUUUGACGGACUUCAGAAACAAAAGUAUGUGAAUAAUAUUGAUUGUUGUAAAUUUGGCGAUUUUAUUUAUGACUUCUAUAUAGAGAUAUAAAAUGGGCUUGAAGUCGG